AUGAAUAUUGCCAGUUUUAGAGACCCUUAUGGAUAUGACCGAAAACGUCAAACUUCAGCGCGACAACAUAUUAAUUAUGGUGGAAACAAAUAUAAAAGAGGUUUAUUUCAUAGACUAAGAUCAGUUCCGGUAAAACAAACUGUUACACAAGCUCAAUAUUCUCCACAACAAUACCCACAUGGUUCACGUCGUCUUCCUCAACUGAAACGUCCCUAUCUAAAACCUUCGCCAGCAUUUCCAAUUACUAUUCCAAAACCUUACAAUAAUUAUGGUGGCUACGCUUACAAUAAUUUUAGUGCCUAUCCUUACAUGCCACCAAAUCAACCUAUGAUGAUGCCAUCGGUACAGCCGAUUCCAUCUAUGAUAAUACCGCCACCACGACAAUUUCAACCUAUAAUACCGCCACCACGACAAGUUCAACCUAUAAUACCACCACCACGACCAGUUCAACCUAUAGUACCACCCCAGCAGGUACCACAAUUUCAGCCUAUAAUACUACCACAACAAGUUCCAGAAAUUCCACCUAUGAUGAUGCCUCAGCAAAUAAUACCACCAAUGUCUCCACCAUAUUUAUCUCCUCCUUAUUCUAUGGCUAUGCCGGCAUCAUCAACACCAUAUGUACAACAACAGUUACAAGCUCAACCUAUUAUUAAUAAUAUGGGAUUUUCUCCUCCGAUAUCCGCGGGUAUAACAAAUCCAGUUGUGCCAAAUGUUUUACCAAACCAAGGAAGACCUAUAAAUUUUUUUACAGACUGGACGGGGGGCGGAAAAAUUUCUCCUGGUUUUCUUGGACCUCCUAUUUAA